CGAACUUUGAGCUCAAAACACGAGCGUGACCCGUCAAAACGCUUUCCCGCUCAAAUUCUGUUACGAGCCUUACGAACAAAACCAGCGAGUUUCCAUCUGCGAGCUACUUUGCAGAUUUUUCCUCUGAUAAUCACAUCCUAACGCUAUUUCUUCUUCUUCUUCUUUUCUCUGAAUCGAAAUGCAGCAGAGAUCUUCAAGCUCGAGCUUCCGCACCAGCGACGAAUUCAGAGCCAUCAACAUCGGUGUAGAUCAGCAGCAACACACAAAGCGGAGAAGAACCUUCGAUGAAGACUCGCUCGACGAGCUACCGCUUUACCACCGGAGCGUCGGCGGAAGGAGAGACACUUCCCGUUCACGCUCACCGCCGGCGGAAAAAUGCAUUCACUUAAUCCCCGUGAUCCUGCUGCUCUGCCUGUUCACUCUCUGGUGGUUCUCUGUUCCAGUGAAUGUGGAGAUUAAAGACGGUAGGAUUACGGCGAUUCGGCAGAUUCAUGCACCACUGCCUAACAACACUCGAAUUGAUCUUGCCAUGCUGGCAGUUGCCGCGUCAUCACCGAUUCCUGCUAAUAAUCCUCAAAAUCUGUCAGGUGAGGACGAAACUUUCUUGCAUCCUGCGAGUUCGCCUAGUGAAGAAACAUUUUCUUUUUCGUAAAGUGGAAGACCUGAGUGACUGAAGAGUUUUCGAUUGAUAACAUAGGAUAGAAAUAUAAUCUGAAUUUGUGCUUCUUUGAUAGCGUA